AUGGACUCGCUCAAGAGCAUGUUCUUCAGCGGAGACAGCGCGUCCAGACCCAAGGCCGUCAAAUGGCUGGGCAUGGGUGCACACGCCGCUGGAAAGAGCGACCAAAUGUUCAUCAGCUCGGAGGCCUCGACUCAAGUGCUGCAGCCUUUAGGGGACACGCCCAUCAACCUAAUCUCCAUCUUCGGAGCCGCUCGACAGGGCAAAUCUUUCCUCAUGAACCUCCUGGCCGACCAGCAAGAUUUAUUCAAGAUCUCGAACCUUCGUGAGCCCUGUACUCAAGGCGUGGACCUUUCAGGCCACUUCGUGCCACUCAGCAAGUUCAGCAGCUUCAACGGCUGCCCAUCUCUCGCGUCCAAAGCUAGUAAGAACAUCCAUGUCGGCUUUGUGGACGCCGAGGGCCAAGGAGACCGAGACAUCACGUACGACUCGAGACUCGUGUCACCAGUGCUACUCGCGUCUAAGGUCGUCAUCUUCAACUGGAAGGACAGUCUUCAGGCCGACAGAAUGCUUAAUUUACUGGCAGUACUAGCUCGUGCCGCUCAAGGCAUUGAACUGCCCGAUGGAGCCAACACGAAGGUGUUUGGACACUUGCACUUGGUGUUCCGUGACUGGAGUUUUGUAAAUUCGACACCAGAAGAAGUGUAUCGCGACCUGUUUCAAAAGGAAAAAGGACGCAGCGAGGAGGUGAAUGUGCGCAAUUUGGCUCGUGUGAACCUGAUCGAAGCCUUCGAGUCGAUCAACAUCUGGCUGUUCCCGGCACCGGUGGCCAAUACGGCGAAUCUGAGAGACAAGAUCCGCUUUGAUCAGCUGCAGAAGCCGUUCCAGGGCAAGCUGCGGGAACUACGCAAAUGCCUGUCAAGCCAGCUGCAAGAGCCCAUGAAGUUCUAUCAACGGCCAUUGACUGCCAAGUAUCUCUCGCAGAUUAUGCCUGCGUUGGUGGAUACACUGAAUAGCGACCAGGUGAUCAUGCCGGAGUCCAUUUACUCGUCCAUGGUGCGAGCAGAGGCUCAAGCAGCGAAGGAAAACUGCGAGAAGGAGAUUUCUGCGUAUUGCGAGGCUGCAGGGCUGGAAGAAAUGAUCUCGAGUGAUGAGUUUAACAAGAUGCUGCACAAGGACGUCGAGAUGAUCAUCGCUGACGCGUACGAGAAGAUGAAGAGCUUCCCGCCGACAGUGCGCAAGGAGAUCCAGACGUCUCUUCGUGCUUUUGCUGAGAAGGAGAUCACCAUUGCACUUCACGCGAACAGUGAAAAGAUCGCAGCGCAUUUGUCCAAGCAAGUGGAUGUGGCGUUCCAAACGCUGAAAACGGAAUGUCAAGUGAUCGAGAGAACGAAGCUGCCCAUGAAGAGCACUUCGCUUCGUCAGAUGUGCACGGAGCUACUGGAGCGCGAGUUGAGACGCAUCGAGAAGCUUCCAAUGGGGCUGCAAGGGGCGCGUGGAGUGGAGAUUGAAUGCGGCCGUCAUUCCACCGCUGCGCUGAAUGAUGUGGUGCGAGCAGCGAAAGCGCGAAUGAGCUCGGAGAUGCACGAUAAUCUGGAUAAACGGUUCGCAGAGAAGCGUCCUGUGACGGUGACGAAGUUGCUGCGUGAAGUGGAGGUGCCUUUCACAAGGACAAUCACUGAAGUGGUCCAGAAAGCAGGUCACGUGAACGAGUUUGGUGUAUCUGACUACCGCGCCGACCUGGAGCACCACAAGGCUCAGUUAGCAGACGAGAUGAACCGACGCUACAUGAUUGAGAUGCGUCAGAUUCUGAACGAGGUCAGCUAUGAGGCUCGAGAAGACUUGGGCAAGCAGGUAACGUAUCGUCUAGAGGGGAAGCUUCCGAUGCUGGAAGAAGACAUCAAGGCUGCGAUCGAUAACGCAGCUAUUCACGUCAUGAAGACGAUGUCCGACAAGCUGCAAGGGUGGACGAUCCUUAAGAGCGACCUGGAGGCGAAGAGCAAGGAACUCGAAAGGCUCGGGGACGAUCUUGCUGAUCAAUACUUGCGUCGCAAUCAGCAAUUGGAGAAGGACGCUGGGUUGCGCAAAGAAACGGAGCAAUACGAGAAGCUACGGGUCGAAGUGACGCAGGCGUUCGAGCAGAAGCUCAAGGAGGUGGGGUUUCCUACUACUGAUGACGAAAUCGACGCCGUGUUCCGCCACGCCUUGCAAGAGCUGGCGGCCAAGUUCUUGUCGAGUAUUGUGGAUCGCGAAACUACCAAGUUUACCGCCAAAGGACUGCGCGAGAUUCUCACCAGCGACUGCAAACCAGCCGUGGACAACCAGAAGAUGCUGAACCGACUUGCAAUUGAGAAGAAGGACGCAUUGGAUCUGGCAGAAAAGGAGAGACGUGCACGAGAGCGGGAGCGUCUAGCUGCGGAGCAACGCGAAGCAGAGAUCAACCGACUAAAGAGUGAUCACUCCAAGUGGCUUGGCGAAAAGGAUACCGAGUCUAAGCAUCUCCGCGACAAACUACAGGAAGAAGAACGAAAAGCUCGUGAGCUACAGCAGCGGGUGGAAGAGAUGCAGUUGCAGACUGCUCGGAUGGAACGACAGAAGCAAGAAGAGGCCCUCAAGUCGAUGGAGAAGUCGCGUCGUGAGGCUUUGGCGAAGGAACAGGAGGCUGCGCGGUUGAAACAAGAGCUAGAGGAAAUGAAGCGCAAGGCUGCGGAAGUUGAGACGCAGAAACGUCAGCUUGAGGUUCAAGUUACGACGUCUGAGGCGAAGAAGAGAGGCGAAGCUGAAGAACUGAAGCGUCAGCUUGAGGAGAUGAAGUACACGAUCGCGCAAAAGGAGCGAGAGCGUGUGAGUAUGGAGAUGCAGGUUCAGCAGGAGCAGGCGUCUCGUGAACAAGCAGAGCUCGCUGCUCAACAGGCUGCCAAUGCAGCUGAGGUAGCAGCUCGAGCGGCCAUCGAAGCCAGUCGGCACCAGCCACCACCAGCACCAGCGGAGACGGAGGAAAUCGGACGUAAGAGGCCUCUAGGUAGAAGUGGGUCGGAGGACGUUGAGAUGGAAGACGUGUCUCACUCACGAUCGCGGACUGGUCGUGCCGCUGCAGCGAAGCCUUCCCCCGUGGCCAAGAAGCCCCGUGGACCCAACAAGGCAAGAGCUAGUGCCAGAGGUGGCAAGCAGAAGAUGUCGCUGGCUGAGGCGCGCAAGGCUGCGCAGGAAGAAGUCGAGAAGCGCAUCCAGGAACGAGCCAAGUUGCUGUCUUCGAAGAAGAAAAAAUAA